GUGAGAGCGUGCGAGACUACGACGAAGACGGUUCGCCGAGAGUUACGCACAGGGUAUGUGCUGGCGGCGAAUAACUGCGGACGGACCUAAAACAAAGUGUGCGUGCGUGCGUGUGUGUGUGUUUCUCUUUAUUUUCUUUUGUAACAACAAAUAUUAGUUAAAUCAUAAUUACAUAUAUUGUACAAAUCGAAACUGCAGAAAUGUGCAUCAUUUUGUUAGCAGCGCAGCAGCAGCACAGCAGAACUCAAAGCGUAGCUUAAAUUAACUGUAAAUCAAAAUAAAAAAUCAAAGUCAAACAACACAAAAUUUGAAAGAGCUGAAGCAAAAACCAAUAUCAAAAUAUAAAAAAGACGAUGACGGACGUUGCGGAGCUGUUGAACAGCAUGUCGAGCACCUUUAACAGCGACUGCGCCACUACCACCGCCGAGGGCGGUACGCUGCUCAACCUGGACCUGGCCGAGGAUAAAACCCUAAAGUGGCGCAAUUUGGCAAACAAUCAGUUUGCCUGCAAGGAUAAGGACAAAAAGCAAAGCAACAAAAGCGACGAAACGCACGAGAAGCAACAGGAGGCAGCGCAGCAGCAGCAGCCGACAAAAUUGCUCGAUGCGGCCGUCAAAUGCGAGACGGAAACUGCGGACGGCGCCCAGCACCAGCCUCAAGGCCAGAGCCAAAGCCAAAGUCAAGCCAGCGACGCUGACGCUCACGUCGACGACAACAGUGACAGCGGCGUCGCCAGCUCAGAAGUAACAGAAAAAAUUACGUCGGCAGAGGCAGACGAGACGCAAUCAGAAGCAGCCGAAGCGACGCCGCCAGCUAACGAAACGCCAGCAGUGGUGGCCGCAGCAGCAGCAACCGACAAUGAAUACGCUAAUAAUGUUGAUGUUGACGAUGCCGUUGCCGAGCACACAGCCGAAGCAGCUAAAGGCAAAGACAAUAGUGAAGAUGAAGCACCGGCAGUCAAAUUGGAGCAGGAAGCGUGCAAAAGCGCAGCAGAAAACAGAACAACAACUAUAACAGCAGCUGCGGCUGAGUUGGCAACGCCGUCUGCGCAAAUUUUCACAGCAGCUGAAGCAGUAACAACAAUAACAACAGUAGCAGCCGCAUCUGGUGAUGGCAUUAAGACUGAGACUGAAACGGAAACCGCAAAUGCAACAGCCAAAGAAGAAGAAGACGAGCUUUUGGAGGAACAACAACAACAGCCGCUGCCGCAAUCGCUGCAGGAGCCAAUAUUGACUGAGCAACGCGAAGUAAGCUCAGACACAGCAGCAGCUGUAACAGCAGAAGCAAUAACCGAGGUCACAUCGGCUACAGUCGCAGCAUCUUCGGCAACGGUAACGGCAUCCCCAGCGCCUGUCGCUCCACUUGUUGUCAGCUCUGCUGCCAACAGCAGCAGCGACAUUGUUGACGCCGCUGCUGACGCAACAGAUUCGAAUGCGGCAGCUGCUGCUGCUGCUGCUGGCAGCGUCGACAUUGCUCUGCCAAUAGCAACAAUAACAACAACAGCAACAACAUCGCUAGCACAAGUUAAUGCUGAUAAAAACGAACAAAAUGUUGCGGUCAGCAUACGUCGCUUGCGUCGUACGCCGCGGCCCACGGAUACGCCCACAACGACGCCAACGCCCUUGGCAGCUGAGGAGCACGAAUUGGAGCUGGAGCAAGAGCAUGAGCAGGAGCAGGAACAUGAACAAGAAGAAACGUCCAGUGAUGUGAAAAAAGAGCCAGAAAAAUUGUGCAACCUUAACGAUGGCGAAGCCACAAAUACUGCGCCACCGCCAGCACCAAAACGUGGACGUGGACGUGCCAAAAAGAUAAAGCCCGAGGCGGAGAUGCCAUUGGAGGAGGCUCCAUUGCCAGAGGAGUCCGCUGCAGUAGAGCGUAAGGUGGGACGCAAGCGCAAGCUGCACGAGGAGGAUCCGCUAAUGCCGGAUUUGCCAGUGGUGAGCAUCAAGACCGAGCAGCAGGAUGAGGAGGCAGCGGCGCCUAGUGGCGAUGGCAAAAGAAUGCGACGCAGCGUGCGUCUGGGCAAUCGUGUGGAUCAGGCGCAAGCCUGGUCAGAAGACAUCAAAGUCGAACCACUGUCGGCCAGUGAGCUGCCAAUGCACCACUCAACAGCAGCUGCUGGAGGAGGAGCAGCAGCAGCUGUUGACCAGCUGCAAAUAGCCGUUGUGUUGGAUGAAAAGACGCCGCCCAAGAAGCGUGGGCGCAAAGCUAAAAUACCUGCGCCGCCAAAUCGAAUCGAUGCGAGCAGCCAGGGCAUGUCACAAGCUGCACCCGGCGUCAGCAGCAGCAGCAGUGGUAGCGGCAGCGGAAGUGGAAGUGGCAAUAUCCUUGCCAUGAGCAUCAGCGCUGCGUCGCUGGCACUCUCCAAUGGCAACAAGCGCGCUGCGAUUUCGCAGUCUGCGGCCACGUCUUCGGGUAGCGCGGAGCAGCAGCAGCUGCCCAAGCGUUCGAAGCGACGCAUCAAGCCCACCACAAAGAUAUUGGAGAACGAGGAGCUGCGCUGCGAGUUCGAGACGAAGCACAUCGAACGGUUGACCCAUUGGGAGGCGACAACGACGGCGGCAGCUGAGGCAGAUGGCGGCGGGGGGCUACAAUUCGAGACGCCGCUGCAAGCGUACAGCUCCAAUUCGUCAACAUCAAGGCAGAAGAGUGAGAAAUCGGAUGGCGGCAGCGGAGUGGAGCAGCAUCCAGUGGGCACGAAUGCGAUUAAGAAACGUCUCUUCUCCAAGGCUCAACGUGACAUUGACAAUUCGGAUGCGGCGCUGCGAGCGAAAAGCCGUGUGCGUCCCAGCCCCGACCUGGACCAAUUUCUGAGCGAUAUCAAAGCCGCCAAGCUGAAUGCGAAUCGUUCGCCCGAAGAGCGCAAAUUGAACAAGAAACAGCAGCGCAAGUUGGCCAAACAAAAGGAGAAGCAUCUCAAGCACUUGGGUCUGCGUCGCAAUAACAGCGAAGAGGCUAGCGACAACGAUAGCUCCAACACGGACAACGAGGAGUUCGUGCCCACCAUACGCGUCCAAGUAGGCAAGCCCAGUGUAACGUUGCGCCUGCGCAAUGCCACUAAGGAAGCUAAUCCUGCUGUAACUGGAGCCAAGCAAGCGCUGCAGCCGCCGCCAACGCCCGCUGUGCCGUCAAAGCUAACGCGUCGCAUGGGCGUGCGUGGCAACAAUGCCACAGCAACAGCAGCAGCAACAGGAGCGGGUGCAGCAGCAACAACCACACUGGAGCAUGGUCAGCUGCAUACGCUGAACAGCACAAUUUUGGCAUCUAACGAUGCCAGCGAUGCCAUAGCCAGUACAUCAGCAGCAGCAGCAGCUGCUGCUGCUUCUGGCUCUUCGGCGGCUGGUGUAAAAUUCAUUUGCUUGUGCCAGCGCAGCUCGCAGUACUAUGCACGGAAUGCGCCGGAUGCAUCCUUUUGUUGUGCCAUCGACAACAUUGACGAGCAGAAGAUUGGCUGCUGCAAUGAGCUAGCCGCCGAGGUGCACAAUCUGCUGCGUCCCAGCCAGCGUGUAGGCUAUAUGAUACUCUGCGAUGAGCACAAGAAGCGCUUGCAAGCGCACAAUUGUUGCGCCGGCUGUGGAAUCUUUUGCACCCAGGGCAAAUUUGUGCUAUGUAAGCAGCAGCACUUCUUUCAUCCAGAUUGCGCGCAACGCUUCAUACUCAACAGCCCCUACGAUGCACAGCAGCAAGCCACAAAUCCGGGCAACUUUAUUAGCCCACUGCUCGUGUUGAAGUGUCCACAUUGCGGACUAGAUACGCCCGAGCGUACCUCCACGGUGACCAUGAAAUGCCAAACAUUGCCCGUCUUUCUGCCCGCACAGAAGACUAAAAUUAAACCCGCCAAGUUGACCACCUCAUCACAUUUACCUCAGUUCACCAGUGCAGCUGGAGCUGGGUCAAAGCUAGCGACAGGAGCUGGCGGCAGCUCUGCUAAGCCAGCAACUGGGGGAGCACGUGGCAAAGCGGCCAGUGCCAAAUCGAAUGGUACACGAGGCAAGACAAAUGGAGGAAAUGCCUCUGGCCAGGCAUUGAAUGUGAUCAGCUUCGAGCAACUCAUACCCGAGUCUGUGAUGAACGUGGUGCUGCGCGAUCGGAUUGUUUCGUCCAGUGGACGUGUUACCACCGAAUUCAAUACCCGGGACAUGUACUAUGCUGUGCAGAACGAUGACCUAGAGCGUGUUGCCGAGAUAUUGGCUGCCGAUUACAAUGUGCUGACACGAAUGCGUGAAUUUCUUAAUGGUACCUGCCUGCACCUGGUCGCCCAUUCGGGCACUUUGCAAAUGGCCUAUCUGCUGUUGUGUAAGGGCGCCAGCUCCCAGGGCUUCGUUAACAUAGUCGACAGUGAAUUGCGCACGGCUUUGAUGUGCGCUGUGAUGAAUGACAAAUGCGAUAUGCUUAAUCUGUUCCUGCAAUGCGGCGCCGAUGUGGCUAUCAAGGGUCCCGAUGGCAUGACCAGUCUGCACAUUGCCGCAAAGCUGGGUAACCUGGAAGCUGCCCAACUAAUUGUGGAUGCGUAUCGCGGCUCCCGUAAUAUUACCAACUUUCUGUGCUUCAUCAAUGCCCAAGAUGAGGGUGGCUGGACAGCCAUGGUCUGGGCAGCUGAGUUGGGGCACAAGGAUAUCGUUAGUCUGCUGCUUAAUCAUGGCGCCGAUCCCAAUAUAUGCGACAAUGACAACAACACGGUGCUGCACUGGUCCACGCUGCACAAUGAUGGAUUGGAGACUAUAACGGUGCUGCUGCAGGCGGGAGCCGAUUGCAAUGUGCAGAAUGUGGAAGGCGAUACGCCACUGCACAUUGCGUGUCGUCACUCGGUGACUCGGAUGUGCAUCGUUUUGAUAGCGAACGGAGCCGAUCUGAUGAUCAAGAAUAAGGCGGAACAGUUGCCCUUUGAUUGCAUACCGAACGAAGAUUCCGUUUGUGGCCGCACCGUUGGCUUCAACAUGCAGAUGCGCAGUUUUCGACCGCUAGGAUUACGCACUCGGGUCGUCUGUGCGGAUGCUUCGAAUGGACGCGAAAUUCGACCCAUACAGGCGGUGCGCAACGAAUUGACUAUGUCGGAGCAUGAGGACGAGGCCGAUGCUCUAAUGUGGCCAGACUUUAAAUACAUUGUCAAUUGCAUUAUACUGCAGAAUUCGGUGCAAAUCGAUCGACGCGUCUCACAGAUGCGCAUCUGCUCGUGCUUGGAUAGCUGCAGCAGCGAUCAGUGCCAAUGCAAUGGAGCAUCCUCACAGAACUGGUAUACGGCGGAGAGUCGCUUAAAUUGCGACUUCAACUACGAGGAUCCGGCGGUGAUAUUUGAAUGCAAUGAUGUCUGCGGCUGUAAUCAGUUAUCCUGCAAGAAUCGUGUCGUACAAAAUGGCACUAGGAUUCCGCUUCAGAUUGUUGAGUGUGAGGAGCCGACAAAGGGUUGGGGCGUUCGUGCCUUGGCCAAUGUGCCCAAGGGCACUUUUGUGGCCAGCUAUACGGGCGAGCUACUUACAGCCCAUGAGGCAGAUCGACGGACCGAUGACAGCUAUUACUUUGAUCUGGACAACGGACAUUGCAUCGAUGCCAACUACUACGGAAAUAUAAGUCGUUUCUUCAACCAUUCGUGUGAGCCAAAUAUAUUGCCUGUACGCGUUUUCUAUGAACAUCAGGAUUAUCGUUUUCCGAAAAUUGCAUUCUUCGCUUGUCGCGACAUCGAUGCAGGCGAGGAGAUAUGCUUUGAUUAUGGCGAGAAAUUCUGGCGUGCUGAACAGCGCAGCAGUCAGCGUGGCGGUGCCGGCUGUAAGUGUCUCACGGCCUCCUGCAAAUAUGCACAACACACACCCUCCAGUUCGAAUGCAUCGCCAAUAGCUGGCGAGGAGACAACAGGUGGACUGCAACAGCAACAGCAACAGCAGCAUGUCAAGGAGCCACUGCUGUAGUUCAGAACAACUGUAGGUAGUAUAACAGCGGUAACUAAAUGAUUCCAAUACCAAAUCCACUCGAGUACACGCACACACAUCCACCCGGACACACACACAACAUGGAUAGAGAAGGAGAUAGAGACAGACAAGGACAGAGACGGAGACGGAGACAGUGACUCUUGGCCUAGCCAAGUUGCCAAGCAUCACACAAAAAAGAGCGCCAUACACAUACGAUAUUUAUAUAUAUAUUUAUAUAUAUAUAUAUAUGUCUAGAAAAUCAA